AUGUCUUCUCUCUCCCGACGCGCUUGCUACAAGUGUGGCAACGUCGGCCACUACGCCGAGGUGUGCUCCUCCGCCGAGCGCCUCUGCUACAACUGCAAGCAGCCCGGCCACGAGUCCAACGGCUGCCCUCUCCCUCGCACCACCGAGGCCAAGCAGUGCUACCAUUGCCAGGGCCUCGGCCACGUUCAGGCCGACUGCCCAACCCUGCGCCUCAGCGGCAACGCGACCAGCAGCCGCUGCUAUACCUGCGGCCAACCCGGCCACCUUGCUCGUGCCUGCCCUAACCCCGUCGGCCCCGGCGCCAUGGGACGCGGAGUUCCCAUGGCUCGCGGUGGAUAUGGCGGCUUCGCCGGUCGCGGCGGCUUCGCCGGUGGACCUCGCCCUGCCACGUGCUACAAGUGCGGUGGCCCCAACCACUUCGCUCGCGAUUGCCAGGCCCAGGCCAUGAAGUGCUACGCCUGCGGCAAGCUCGGCCACAUCUCGCGUGACUGCACUGCUCCCAACGGCGGCCCGCUCAACACGGCCGGCAAGACGUGCUACCAGUGUGGCGAGGCCGGCCACAUUUCUCGGGAUUGCCGCCAGAAGAACGCGGGAGCCAGCGAGGAGAUGAACCAGAUGAACCAGGUCAACCCCGUUCACCCCAUCAACCCCCCCGAGGUCGUUGACUUGAUCAGCGUUUCCGCGGCCCCGGUGGCCCCCAUCGCCCCGGUGGCGUAA